UGACGACAAACAUUUCUAUAUGAGUAAUUGUUUACCAGGGUUUUUAAAUGACCCCCUAAACUUUAAAUAUGCACUUAGUACAAGCGCGUGUGCAUUCCAUUAGGGACAUCGUAAUAUGAUUUUAUUUGGAAUGGUAUUACUUCCACCUGGGAAAAUAUACAUUUUGUUAGUAUAAAGUCUCAGUUGACAGAUCUAUGAUUUAUAUACUGUUACUUCCAGGGGGUGAACGUUUUCGUCAUAUAGAGAGGUUAUAAACUCCACUUGAAAUCCGUAAUCUUGUACCAAUCUGAUGUGUUUAUAGGAAGAGAUAUUGACAAACUACAAAUUACCGUGAUCUUUUUAUAGCUUUAUGAUCCGUCUCCGCCUUCAAGUCAUCGUUUUCAAGUGUUUUUUCAAGUAUAGUAAUCGGAUCCCAGGCUUAGCAACAUCAUUGGGUUACCAGUCAAAAAGAUAAAGACCCUUCACAUACCUUUUUUUCCGAUGUGGAAGCAGUUUUUGACUUGAACAGACAACACUGAACAUGAGAGCAACGAUAGACCUUUCAGAUCUACAUUUCAACUUUGACGAAGAAGAAUCCAGCCAGUUGCCGCCAAUAUUCAUCCGCCAUAUUUCAACUUUUGAACACAAGUUGAACAGUGUGAUCUCGGCAAUAUGUCCAACUUCUAAUAACGUCGCUUGGGUGGCUUGUAACAGUGAUGCCGUGGUUGCACAAUAUCAGAAACAUGGGAGGGAAAUAAAACGAAUAUCAACGUCAUUUUAUGUUGACGACAUGAAAUUAACGGAGAACGGACAUUUACUAGUAGCACCAGAUAUGGGUAAUGAUGUUAAAUUUCUUAACGUGCAGUCAACAGAAACGAUUAAUUUUACCAAACUUCACCCAUUUGUGACGAGAGGUUUGUUUAUCUCAAAGGAAAACGAUUUGUAUGUGAGUUUACAUAAAGAAAAUAUGGCAAAAGUCAUAAAAAUGAAUUCAUCUGGCGAGAUUCUACGAGAGUUGUAUAAAGACCGCGCCAACGUACCUUUGUAUUCAGACCCCGACAAAAUAGCCGUCAAUAGUCAUGGUGACGUCAUAGUCUUGGACUGGGCCACAAAGUGCAUUAUUUCUCUUGACAUUUACGGACGAUACCGGUUCAAGUACAACGGUAAAAUUAAAAAAGUUGUUCACUGUGAAGUUUUUACCCCGACAGACAUUGUGUGUGAUAAAUAUGAUAAUAUUUUGAUUUGUGAUUGUGAUAACAAUGCUGUGCAUAUGUUGGAUAGACAUGGUCAGUUUCUGUGUUUUUUGGUUUCCGAGGAGAAUGGAGUGACCUGUCCGUGUGCUUUAGCCUUGGAUGAGGAUGGACAACUGUGGUUGGGGGAGAUGAACGGACAGAUCCAUGUUAUUCAAUACUAUUCAAAUAAAUGACCAACUUAUUCAGGCCAAAA